AUGACCGAUAAAACAGAGAAGGUGGCUGUAGAUCCUGAAACCGUGUUUAAACGUCCCAGGGAAUGUGACAGUCCUUCGUAUCAGAAAAGGCAGAAGAUGGCCCUGUUGGCAAGGAAACAAGGAGCAGGAGACAGUCUUACUGCAGGCUCUGCCAUGUCCAAAGGAAAGAAGCUUAUGACCGGAGAUGCUAUUCCACCCAGCCAACUGGAUUCUCAGAUUGAUGACUUCACUGGUUUCAGCAAAGAUGGGAUGAUGCAGAAACCUGGUAGCAAUGCACCUAUGGGAGGAAACAUUACCAGCAGUUUCUCUGGAGAUGACCUAGAAGGCAGAGAAACAGUCCCUUUUCCUAAAAGCCAAGAAGAAAUUAAUGCUGAUAUAAAACGUCAAGUAGUGAAGGAAAUCUGAUGCAUUGGACGAAAAUAUGAAAAAAUCUUCAAAUUGCUUUAAGGAGUGCAAGGACCUAUAGAAGUCAAGAAACUAUUUUUUUUAUCCAUCAUCAAGGAAGCAGCAAGAUAUAUGAGCCAAGACUUUGUUCAGCUCCUUGAGAAGAAACUGGAACAUAUGAUUUGGGAGUACUUGUCCAUGGAGGAUUAUCACACCCCAAAUGCAUAA